GAUUAUGAUGAUUAUUAUAAUAACACCACUGAGGACUCUGCACCAUGUGACGGUGUAAACGUGCGGGAGUUUGCCCAUAUCUUCCUCCCCACACUCUACAGCCUGGUCUUCAUCAUCGGCCUUCUGGGAAAUGGCCUGGUGGUGUGUGUGCUGGUGGUUUACCACUGGAGGAAAAUGACCAUGACAGACGUGUGCCUCUUCCACCUGGCUGUGGCGGACCUGCUCUUCGUCACCUCUCUGCCCUUCUGGUCCCACUAUGUAGUGGCAGCAAACUGGCCCUUUGGUGACUUCCUGUGCAGAGCUGUGACCAGCCUCUACAUGCUGGGCUUUUACGGCAGCAUCUUCUUCAUGGUGCUGAUGAGUGUGGAUCGCUAUCUGAUUAUCGUCCAUGCCGUUACCAUGGUCCGACACAAAUCCAUGCAGCUGGGCACAGCUGUGGCCACGGUAAUCUGGGCCAUCAGCCUCUGUGCCUCUCUCCCCACUAUUGUCUUCACAAAGGCGAAAAAUGAAUCUGGUUUCAUAUGUACAGCGGAUUUUCCCACGGAUAGCGCAUGGCGGCAGACCACAUAUUUUCAAAUGAAUCUUUUAGGGCUACUGCUUCCUCUUUGUGUUUUGGUCUUCUGUUAUUCCAGAAUCAUCCCCACUUUAGUCAACCUCAAAUCUGUUCAAAAGCACAAGGCCAUCAAGCUCACUCUCAUUAUCGUCAUUGUUUUUUUCCUCUUCUGGACUCCAUACAAUAUUGCCAUCUUCCUGAAGGCUCUGCAGAUUCUUGGAUAUUUAAUUGAUGAGUGUGAUUUCAACAAAAAUUUAGAUUUUGCUCUGCAAUGGACAGAGACUAUUGCAUUCACUCACUGUUGUUUAAAUCCAGUCAUCUAUGCUUUUGUUGGCCGUAAGUUUCAGAGGCAGGUCCUCCGGUUGUUUCAGAAAUGGCUGCCGUUUGGUCUGUCCUACAGGUUCUGCAAAUCUUUCCCUGCUGAACUAUCUGAGAGAAGAAGUUCCACCUUCUCCAGAUCUUCUGAAGUUACCUCUGCCAGGUUUCUUUAG